CACUGUUCAAUCACUGGCUGAAUAAAUAAUCGGCAUAAACUGAGCAGACAAUAGAAACUGUUGACAAUAGGGAGUCGAAUAUUAGGUUGAUAAACAUUCAUCUCGGACACAUGCAUAUAGCUCGUCUAUUGUGAAGAGUCUUGUUAUACUCGUUUUCAAUUCGGCUCGACCCCCUACUAUACCAUUGUCGUAGGCCUAUGAUGCAACGCAUGCACUUGUGAUCGGCGGAACGUUAUUGAUUUGAUAUCAUUCAGAGGGAAGGCUGUAUAUAAAAAUCAUCAUGUUCUGGGUACCUAUCACCGUGCGAUUAUGACCUACGUGUUAAUCUAGUAUUGAAUGGACUAUAUCGGGUUUUUUUAGUCUGGGAACAAUAUCUGAAUAGACUCGACUAGACCGUGAAGGACGCAGUUUAAUCUCGGACUUCCAGUGCUUUUUAAUGAGCUAUGAGCAUGAAAUUGUGGGAUCAACCUCCGGAUGAGCUUUCAGAUUUAACAUUGGCAAGGAAGUGAGGAUACCUUCAGACUUUACCAUGUCUGUAGUUCUUCUACCCAUCUUAGACUCCAAACCAGAGAUGAAGAAUACCAUAAACAACAAUGAGCCAGGCACAAGCGACGAGGAGGUCAUAAUAUUCCGUGGAUCAGGCCAUUCCGACCUGCUCAUGAAGGGACUGUGCGAUCUCUGGAAGGAUAAACAGUUGACCGACAUUGUUCUUAAGGUUGAUAACAGAACAUUCCCUUGUCAUCGAAAUGUCCUGGCUGCAGUAAGUCCCUACUUCCACCGGAUGUUCUGCUCAAACAUGCAGGAGAGCAAGUUAUCAUCAGUGUCUUUGAAAGGUAUCAGCGCAGACAGUGUUGCCCUUAUCCUGGACUUUGCGUAUACCUCAGAACUGUCUUUCACCCAACAGAAUGUUCCUCUUAUAUUGGAGGCUGCAGAUAUGUUACUUAUGACUUCCGUCAAAGAAGGAUGUGUGGACUACAUGGAAAAGCUUUUGCAUCCUUCCAACUGUCUAGGAAUCUAUACCUUGGCAGAAAGGUUCAGUUGUGACGAACUCGCUGAGAAGGUGUGGAAGUUUUCAGUCCGGAACUUCAGAUCUGUCAGGAAGCAUCCCGAGAUUCUUGAUCAGUCAUUCGAGAUGAUUGAUAAGUACCUAUCCACCGAUAAUCUUGUGAUCUUGGACGAAGAAGAAGUGUUCGAGACGAUCAUUGCCUGGGUCAACCACAGCCGAAAGAUGCGAUUAAACUACCUCAAGCAACUAUUAUCGCACGUCCGUGAACACCUCUUGCCCACAGAGUACUUGGUAGAUAAGGUGCUCUCUCAUCCACUCUUAACGAAAUCGGAAUCGCUGUCUAUGACCAUCGAAGUAACUGCCCGACAUCGUGCAGCUUUGAAUUACAAUGUACCUCGAUUACGGUCUCGUUCACGUCGUGUGGUGCUCGUAGUCGGGGGCAUCGGCCCGGCCAACAUCAAACUGACUGAGGUGAAAUACUUCGAUCCCGUCGACCGCCGUUGGUCAACAUUUUCCCAUCUUCCGUUUGACUCUGAGCCAGUAUCAUGCGUCACCGCGGUAAUAGAUGAUGUUUUCGUGAUGGGAUCAAGGGGUUCGUUCAUUGUCCAUCGGGCGGAAGACUCCCAAUGGGUUGAUCUUCCUAGUCUUCCUCCAGAGCGGGUUCGACAUCGGGUGGCGUGUACGUCUUCUGAAGACGGCAAUUUAUAUUUCGUCGGCGGAUUCGACGGUGUACAGAGAGUUCGACUGGUGGACAGAUUCGACACAAAAAACAACAUGUGGCAUGAGCUUGAGCCCAUCCCUAUUGCAGUCAGCUCACCAAGCACCGUUAUCUUCGGCAACAAACUCUACGUCUUUGGAGGCGCCCUUGCAAACGGUACCGCAACCGACCUCGUUUACAGCUACGAUCUCGACGACGCGUCCAGUCACCGAUCAUGGGAGGCUUGUAACCCGAUGCCGCACGCUUUCUCCGGCAUUACGGCAGUCGUCCUCGAAUCCUACGUCUACAUCGUCGGGAGUGUGUCGACGGUGGUGCACCGGUACAACCCCGUAGAAGAUUCGUGGAGUCAGGCUGAGAACAUGGCAGAGACACAUGCACUAUGUGGUGCGACGGUGUGCGAUGGAAAGAUCUACGUGAUGGGAGGGGAGAACCAACCAAAUUCGCCGAUCAGUGAAGUCGAGGGCUACGAUCCGACCACGAAUCGUUGGAGACCGUCACAAAACCUCCCUUAUCCUAUCAGGUUGCACGGCUGCGCUACGGUCAUUAAGAGAAUAUGAUCGUAGCUGGAAGCUCGAUUUCUGUGAGCGUUUUUAUUGCUCGUUAACCUGAUGUCCUUCUGAAACAACUCAAUCACAGUCAAAUCCUAAAGCGACUCAAAAGCUAAUUAGAGAAAGAAGGUUUAUUGCAGAAGUCGAUCAAAAAUUGACAGCUAUGUAUCGCUUUCUGUCGUGUCUGUAUUAGUUCCAUAAAUCAUUUUCAAAUUCCAUUGAUUCUUAUCUAUAAAAUACAAAUAUGUGAAAAAUAAAAAUAGCAAACAGAUUAAUUUACCAUGUUUAUCACUUUUUUAUAAACGUCGUCAUUAACGUCACUUUAGCUUGAAAUUACAUUUGUUACUGUUCAAUUUCAAUUAAUCAUUUUGAUCACCAUGUAGAGGCAAUGAUGACGUGAAUAAAUUAGUCAUCGGUCCGUCCUCAAAAUAAAUGAGGCAUGUGAAGCAAGUCAAUAUGACAACCACAUCGAGUUGUUCUAAUGUCAGUCUUGUGGUUACAAUAAUUACAAUUGUGUGUAGUGAUUAUCGCUAUUUUCAUAAUUAUUUUCAUGCAUUCUUGUGGUUUUGGUGAACCUCACAGACGUUGUUCGAUAGUAUUUUAAAAUAUAUAAAUAUAAAUUAUUGUGUUUCUCAAAUAAGCGUGAAUGUUUGAUGGAGUUGAGGGAUAUUUUCAUUUAUUUUCGGUGGGGAAGCGACAGUGAAAAAUAUUAGGUAUAUCAUUUACAGUACUUAAAAGGAAUUUUUGUGUUUUAUCUUCACUUCGUCAGAUUAGAUUGUGACAGGUCUUCCGUUUUGUUUGUUUUUUGUUUUUGCUCUCGCAUGGCUAUACUAGCUUCACAUGUUCUGUUAUCUUGCAAAUGACAAAAUGUGUAUUCAAAACCAUCAGAUCAAAUAUUGUAUGUAUAAGCAGACAAGAUGAGUGCAUGCAUUAUAUUAUUUCAUCUAUAUAGUGCAAUGACGUAAUUUCAAUGACGGUAUUUACGCUUUCAAUUUCAAAUUCACCUUCCAACAACGGUACACAUUCAACGAGGAGUAGAAAUAAUAUUAAAAAUUCAGCGCUGCAUUUCUAUUAGUUCGCUUCAUAAGUAAUUUAAUCAGUGCACUUUCGAAAUAAUGGAUGGUUGGGUUGGGACUGAAACUGCAUGCCUCCAAUUUCCACUAAAAUAUCUAAAAUGUAAUUUCAUUCAGUCAACGUCUCAUCAAAUUUCCUUGAAUAUACAUAUAUAUAUAAAUUAUAUUUUGCCAAUCUGAAACAUGAAAUUAAUAGACGAUUUCAUUAAAUGAAAUUGAUUUGUGGCCCUUUCUAUUUGCCGUAUCAUAAGUUAUACAUCAGAUGAGUAUUUGUAGAUACGAUGUACUACAUGUCGCAAAUAAUAAUUGAUAUAUGUAUUUUUAUUUAAGAAUUAACUGGCGUAUAUCCAAGCGGCGAACGUAUUGUUCAGUGGGAUGAACUAUUAUUUCAUCCUCCCACUUGAACACACUCUUGAAAUGCUGGGCAACAUACGCUUUGGUUUGGUUUGGUUUUAUUUAACGAAUAUAAACAAACACCACACUAUCAAAUGAUUAUAUACAAUAAUUAAAAUUAACAAUGAAUGUAAUACAAAAUUAUAUCGCAGGGAUAAACCCGUUUCAGAUUGGAUAUAAAUAGCCAACCUGUUCUUCCCCGGGGAGCCUUUAAUGUCCACACAGCAUUUUUGGUUAACAAAUUUAUCCAACUCUGGGUAUAGUUUCCAACCAAUACUGUGUAUUUUUCACCUAAAGCACACAUAAUUGGUUUGGUUUAAAACUACUCAGAAUUUGAUAAAGUUUUAUUUAAUUGUUGUGCGGACAGUAUGAUACCCAACAUUUUUUAAGAGUGUAUGACAUCAUGGAUUUAGGCUAAUGUGAAUCAGACUAAGACCGUGGCCUCCUCAGGUCUUUGGUAAUUAAAGCCAUAUUUCCUUGGACCAUAAUAAUUUUGGACGAACUACAAAGUCGUGUAGAAACUUAACUUUCUAUUGGUGUGUUUACCGAUUUGUGUAUUAAUGUAGAUUAUAACGAUACAGCUUUUAUAAAUAGAUUAUCAUUUAUAAUAUAAGAAAUUGAUAAUAAAGUGAUUUUAUACUAA